CUGCAGAGCCAAAAGUCCUUCCGCACCAAGCAGAAGCUUGCCCGCGCGCAAAAGCAGAAUCGCCCGAUCCCUCAGUGGAUCCGCCUGAGGACCAACAACACCAUCAGGUACAACGCCAAGCGCCGACAUUGGCGCAAGACCCGUCUCGGUAUCUAGACGACUCGCCAUCGCACCCUCUCUCUCGAUUCUCGAUUUCAUUACCUCCUUUACGACAAUCGAAUACCAAACAAGCGACAUCGGGAACGAAAUGGCGGCGGUCUUCAAAGCGGAGCACUCCCACGAAUGAGGGAUGCAUGGAGUGGAUUGGUGGGCAUGUUACUUCACCGGGCACUCUCACUAUGGCGCUUUGGGUCUGAUAUCGAAAAACGAGCAUGAUGGUUAGACUAGGCAGUGAUGAAUGAAUACACUUGCUGGUCGAAUGAAGACAAUUGAUCUUGUCUAAUUGGUGAUGUGGAUAAAAUGGCAUGCUACUUGGCUCGUGAUUCUAGAUGCAUCUUGAUAGGGUCCCACAAUCUCCAAAGACACGCCACUUUUCGCG